CCCCAAUAAGACAUUAUCUGUUGGUCUUGAAGGACGCAUGCGAUUAAAAGUUUUAAUUAAUAAAAAAAUAGAAGAAGACCCAGCUAAAGCAUAUGGUAUAUUAUUAAGUAAUGGAUUUAAUAACUUUAAUAUUCGUUGUGCAAAAGUUGUUGAAUUAUUGGCAAUUUCUUGGAUAUUUAAUUUAUGGCAAGAAGUUGUUAAUAUUAUUAUUAAUAAAGAAAAUAAAAAAAUAUAUAAUGCUACUCAUAGAAAAAAUAAUACAACAUAUGCAGCAACAACACCAACAACUCCAGCAGCAACAGCAGCAGCAACAACAACAACAACAACAACAGCAAGAGAUAGAGGAGAAGGAGAGGAAACUAAUGAUGGGUCAUAUGCCAUCAAUUACUCACAAGGCGGUGAACAACUGCAGCAGCAGCAGCAGCAGCAGCAGCAGCAGCAGCAAGAAGAGCAGCAACAGAGCAGAAAACGAAUCUGUUUAGGCACCAGCAGGAGACGCAGCAUCUGUGACGUUAAUUUAUCAUGUAGAGAUAAUAAAGAGGGAGAGGCAGCAGCAACAGCAGCAACAGCAGCAGCAGCAGGUACAUCUAAUGACGGUAGUCUGCUGCAGCUACAGUGGCAGUUAGACAAUACAGCAGAAACAGAGACAGUAGGCGUUAGCUUCCCCUCACCAGCAGCAAGAGAUAGCCAGACAGCUGCAUGCAGUUCACCAGCAUAUGGAGACACAACAGCAGUAGCAACAGCAAGAGCAGCACCAGCAGCAACAACAGCAGCAGCAUUAGCAGCAGCACCAGCAGGAACAACAGACGCUUACUUCGAUUGGGUUGCUGAGGAAGAAGAAUCAGCAGUUGAAUCGCCCUCGAAGUCAACAGAUGGAGACCCGCAGCAACUGCAGCAGCAGCAACAGCAGCAGCAACUGCAGCAGCAGCAACAGCAGCAGCAGCAGCAAUUUGGUCGCAUUAGUGAAUUGCUUGCUGCAGCAAACCCUGCAGCACCAAAUGCUAAGGAAUUAGCAGCAGAGAUUGUAUUAGAGCUCCUUUGUCUUGUAGAUAAAGGUUUGCUGCCUUCUCCUCCUGCUGCUGUGCUGCAGCAGCUGCAUGCUGCUGCUGCUCGUCUUGGUGUUAAUGUGCAACAACAAACCGCAGCAGCGGAGCAAAGAGGGGAAUCAUGA